CGAGUGAACAGGAUUUGGGAGUUACACAGACCAAUGAGAUUCUUAGAUUUGGGAAACGGGGUUACUGUCGUGAGGGGGCGUGGGGUGCCCUGGAGAGACCCCAGAGAUAAGCGCAGUCAGGAGCGCAAAAACACUCAGUUGGAUACACGACGCACAGAGAACCUGCGCAACCGCUACUAGUUUCACUUUGGCGCACUAAUUGUACCGAUGUACAAAUUGUGUACAUUUCUGCAGCUUUUCCAUCGUGUCAAAAGGAUUUAUUUGAUUUGACUCUAACUUCAUCACUUGGUAUGAGUUUUAAUUAUAGCCGUAUUACAGGCAAUUAACAGCCACUCAUUUUAUUUAUAUCCUACUUUUGUUUUCAUUUUAAACGCGGGUGUAGUCGCAUCUUGUAAUCAAAAACCGUGGUGAUGUUACUGGAUGCCGGCCACCAAAUCUCUGGUUUAGGGGUUGGCACGUUCACAAGGCAUCACUCGGCUGUGAGCGAGACGCAGGACAGAGAUAUGAGUUUCAUGGAAUCGGCACAUAUGGGCGCGUUCAAACUGAACCACCCCGAUUUGUCCCCGGGCCAGAGCGCAGCUUUUGCGCCCCAAGCAACCAGCUAUUCCGCGGCCGCUCUUGGAGCGCAUGCGGCGGCGCACGCUGCCUCGUACGCCACUUCCACGUUUAACUCCACCAGGGAGUUUCUCUUGCGCAGCCGAGGCUUUGGGGAUUCGACUCCGGGCAGCGGACAACACCCCAUCUUCAGCUCCACAGCAGGGCCUCUCCAUCACUCUCACCCAGAAGGUCAGGGUCACCUACUUUUCCCUGGAAUCCACGAGCAGCACGGCUCCCAUCACGGCUCUCCAAACAUCCUGAACGGGCGCCUUGGAUUACCCGGUGAGGUUUUCGGGCGAACAGAGCAGUAUCACCAAGUGCCCAAUGCGCGGGCCGAUCCUUAUGGUCAAUAUGGCCUAAAUAUGGGUAUGAACAUGGCGCACCAUCCCGGCGCAUUCUUCCGCUACAUGCGACAACAAUGCAUCAAACAAGAGCUCAUUUGUAAAUGGAUCGACCCGGAGCUUGGUGACCCAAAAAAAUGCUGCAGCAAAACUUACAGCACCAUGCACGAGCUGGUCACGCAUGUGUCCACGGAGCAUGUCGGCGGCCCAGAACAGUGUAACCACGUCUGCUUUUGGGAGGACUGUCCACGGGAGAGCAAGCCAUUCAAGGCAAAAUACAAACUGGUGAAUCAUAUCCGAGUGCACACGGGAGAGAAACCCUUUGCGUGCCCCUUCCCGGGAUGUGGCAAGGUGUUCGCGCGCUCAGAGAAUCUGAAAAUACACAAACGAACACAUACAGGAGAAAAACCGUUCCUGUGUGAAUUCGACGGCUGUGACAGACGUUUCGCCAACAGCAGUGACCGGAAGAAGCACAUGCACGUUCACACGUCUGACAAGCCAUAUUUGUGCAAACUGUGCGACAAGUCUUACACUCAUCCCAGCUCCUUGAGGAAACACAUGAAGGUUCACGAGGAUCAAGUUCCGGUGGUCGACUCCUCUCCCGCUGGAAGCUCUGGGUACGAGUCCUCCACUCCGUCCAGUUUGAUCUCUCCGUGUUCAGAAACGCACAGCACCAUGUCGCCGGACUCUGUCGCGCUCAACAGCAGCGGCCACGGCAGCUUAGCGUCCAAUUUUAGCGAGUGGUACGUUUAAGGACUCCGCCAAGAACUGCAUAUAAAAGAAAAUAUUAUUUGUAAAUAGUAAAUGAGGGUUUAUGUUGUCAGCAUGUCGAAGAUUCAGUGUUGCACUGUGACUCAAGGAAAAGUAGCCUAUUAUGUGAAUUAACUGAAGGCUGUUUUCUUAUACGAAGAAUAAAAUGUCCUUUGGUAAUUUGCCAAAGAGGAAGGAUGGAUGUAUUUUUCUGACUGUAUAAAUGUUUUACAGUAAGGUCGUGUCAAGUUACGAUGUUUGUAUACAAUAUUCCUGUCAUUAGAAUAUUAUAGAGCUAUUUGACGUUACAUGAUUGUCUUACCAUAAAGUAUUAACGGGGAUCCUAAGUGCCGAAGUCAAAUGUCGUGCGUUAAAAUGGACACAAUUCUGUGAAUGUAUAUUAUUGUAAGAAUUAUUUCCAUGUAUGUUACAGAUAUCUGGAAAUGAUCCACUUCGAGUAAUUUUGAGAAAAGCCUCUUGUUUUUAAAUUAUGGUAUAGCUUAUACUUGAUUAAAAGUACAAAAUAUUUAUGAAAAACUCCUCGACUAAAAUGUGUACAGAAUUGUUACCUUUAAAGUGUUUGUACAUUGUUAUUCAGUUUUAAGAUGUAAAUUCUUGAUAACUAAUGCCAAACCGUAAAAUGAAAGAAAAUAUAUAAAGACAAUAAAA